UCCUGCGCGAGCCAGUCCGACGCUACCUCUGCAGAGGAAAACGCAAUGGAGCCCUGAACAGUUUUCAUUUCUCUCUCCUUUAACCCCCCUGGAAGACAACAUUCGUAUAGAAAUACUGCUUUAUCCGCUAUUUAUUUGAGGCGUAACAGGGCGGUACAACGAUGUGGAUCCAGGUUCGUACGAUAGACGGGAAGGAGACGCGAACCGUGGAGGAUCUUUCUAGAUUGACCAAAAUUGAGUCUUUACGGUUGAAAAUACAGGACAUCUUCAAUGUAAGCCCACCCCAGCAGCGCCUCUUCUACCGAGGGAAGCAGAUGGAAGAUGGCCAAACACUGUUUGAUUAUAACGUGGGUCUCAAUGACAUCGUCCAGCUGCUGAUUCGCUCACAGACAGACUCUCCAGACAGCCCCGCCGCCAAGGACUCCUCUGGUGUUCCCUGUAGUUCAGCUCCCCCCCCUGACUUCAGGUCAGAAAGCCACAGUUCCCCAGCUCCGGCCUCCCCCGCUGCUAUGGAAACCUCCACAAAUAUAGACAAUGACAGCAGCAGUGUCACUACCAGCACUGUUAAAGAAACCAAGCCGGACACCAGCGCUACCAGUAACUCAGCCAGUACCAAAAAUGGGUUCAAGUCCUCCAGUCCGGCGCGGGACACCCAGCCCCCCACAUCCAGCAGAAACACACUAGCUGACCCAGGAGUUGGUGUGUACAAGAUUAACGAGUUGGUGGACUGCAGAGACGUCAGCAUUGGUGCCUGGUUUGAGGCCUGCAUCGAAAAUGUGACACGCGCUCCCAAAGGACAGAUAACGCCCACCAAGGGCAAGGUGGGCCGGCCCCCAAAAAGGACUAAUGGAAAGCUGGAGGCCGAGCAGGGACAGGCCCUCGGCCAGGGCCAAACCACAGACAGUAACAGGAAUAAUGUUGUGUUAAGCUCUGAGAGUAAUGGAGCCUCCACCUCUCAGACAGACUCUACAGCAGCUACAGAGACUAAGGAGAGAGAAGAGGAUGUAAUUUACCACAUUAAAUAUGACGAUUACCCAGAAAACGGUGUGGUGGAGAUAAGACCAGUGGAUGUGCGGCCACGUGCCAGGACCCUGCUGCGGUGGGACCAGCUCCAGGUGGGCAUGCAUGUGAUGGUCAACUACAAUAUGGAGACACCAGAUGAGAGGGGUUUCUGGUUCGAUGCAGAGAUCCAGACCAUCAACCAAACCUCCCGCACCAACAAGGAGCUCCGAGUCAAGAUCCUCCUGGGGGGUCCUGGAGAUAUAAUAGGGGAUUGUAAAGUUCACUUUCUGGAUGAAAUCUACCAGGUGGAGAAACCAGGAGCUCGUGCACUCUCAGCUGCAGAUGGACAAUUUAAACGGAAAAGCGGGCCGGAGUGUAAGCACUGCAAGGCUGACCCUGACGCCGAGUGUCGCUUCUGCUCCUGCUGUGUGUGUGGUGGGAAGCAGGAUGCUCACAUGCAACUGCUGUGUGAUGAGUGUAACAUGGCGUUCCACAUCUACUGCCUCAACCCGCCGCUGGCCACCAUCCCGGAUGACGAGGACUGGUACUGUCCCACCUGUAAGAACGACACCAGUGAGGUUGUUAAGGCAGGAGAGAAGCUCAAAGCCAGCAAGAAGAAAGCCAAGAUGCCUUCGGCAACAACUGAGAGCCAAAGGGACUGGGGAAAGGGUAUGGCCUGUGUGGGGCGUACCAAAGAGUGCACAAUUGUUCCUUCGAACCACUAUGGACCCAUACCUGGUAUUCCUGUUGGAACCACCUGGAAAUUCAGAGUUCAGGUGAGUGAGGCAGGUGUUCACAGGCCGCAUGUCGGUGGUAUCCACGGGCGCAGUAACGAUGGCUCCUAUUCGCUGGUGUUGGCUGGGGGCUUUGAGGAUGAAGUGGACCGGGGAGAUGAAUUCACCUACACAGGCAGCGGGGGUCGUGACCUCUCGGGGAACAAACGGAUUGGAGAACACUCUUUUGACCAGACGCUGACACACAUGAACAGGGCGUUGGCCUUAAACUGCGAUGCACCUCUGAAUGACAAAGACGGGGCUGAGUCGAGGAACUGGCGGGCAGGAAAGCCAGUCAGAGUGGUGCGCAGCUCCAAAGGUCGACGCAUCAGCAAAUACGCUCCUGAGGAGGGAAACCGCUACGAUGGUAUUUAUAAGGUGGUAAAGUACUGGCCAGAGAUUGGAAAGUGUGGUUACCUGGUUUGGCGGUACCUGCUGAGACGGGACGAUUUGGAACCAGCACCAUGGACACCUGAAGGACUGGAGAGGAUCCAAAAACUGGGGCUUGCUGUUCAGUACCCACCAGGCUACUUGGCUGCCAUGGCUAACAAAACAAAGAAGGAGGCCUGCGCCAGACCAGGCCGCGGCGGCCGGAGUAAGCACUAUCCUGGGAGGGGGAGGCCGCGGAGACAACGCAAGAUCAAAGAGAAAGAGGAGAAUGACGAGGAAGAGGAGGACGAACAGCAGAUGGCCAGUGUGGAGGAUGAAGAGGAGCCACAGAGUAAUGGAGAGCAGAAGACAACCAGAGAUAGUGAGUCAUCACCACCGGCGGAGCCGCCUUCUAAACGGGUGAAGAUAGAGGAGACCUUCCAUCUGUCAGAGCAGCAGCAGCAGUUGAUCCGAGAGGACACGGCCAACAAGAAACUCUGGGAUGAAGCCAUGGAAAACCUUAAAGAGGGACCGGAAGAAAAGGGUCUUUGGAGAAAUAUCAGAAAUGCUCCUUUUUGUCUCUGCCUGCUGGAGCCAUCUUGUUUGAUUGACAGCAGCUGGCAGGCUGCCACAGUGCCGAAAGGGAACAAGAGACAGCUAAAAUUUCCUGCGCAAAAUGGAGCAGAUCUUCAUGUGUGUGUGCUGCCAGGAGCUGGCCUUCCAACCCAUCACCACCGUCUGCUCACACAAUGUCUGCAAGACUUGUCUGCAGCGGUCGUUCCGGGCAAAGGUGUACACCUGCCCCGCCUGCCGUCACGACUUGGGGAAAGAUUACGUCAUGACCCAAAACGUGACGCUUCAGAUGCUGCUCGACCAGUUCUUUCCCGGCUACAGCAAGGGCCGAUGAGGUCAAAAUCACAUUUAUAAGUAGAAUACUUGCAGACACGCACAGCAUCCAUUCUGUACACCCACGUAUACCGUCAAGUACCUAGAGCUCCACUUUAAAAUGCAUUGCACACACAUACUGUACUUACCCACGGGCAAAUGUAUAUUGCAUACAGCCAUUUAUGUAUACAAUCAUUCAUACACAAACAACCUCAGUAGGGACUGACCUCAUCUGUUGAACUUGGACUGUCUCCAUUAACAUCACCAGCCUGAAAUUCAAUCAAGGACAUUUUUUAACCUCCAUACUCCUGCCCCACAAACGCACACAAACGCACAAAAGGAGCCCCAAAUAACCACCUCAAGAUAUUAGCUCAUUUUUUGUUGUUUGCCCCUCCACUGUGUUGUUCACUGAUUCCAUAAAUUCACACACAGCACACUCUUAGAGUGCAAAUUUCUCCCAGGCAAUGUGAUGAAAUCAGCCGUUAGACUCCUGCCAACCUGUAUGCAUUUUGUGUACCAUGUAUGCAGUUUUACAGUAAAAAAAAGGUGCUAGUUUAGUAUGGUUAUUUAGGCACAGCAGGACUGGCAAUUUCACAAGGUCACUGAAGACACACAGAUGAGAUAACACAUUCAAUAUGAGUAAGUAGGUCAUGUGACUGAGAGAUGCCCACUUGGCCUGUUAUAGCAAGGUAAAAUUAGGAAAAACAAGAAUGCACAUGUAUUUAUAUAUGAAAUGAAGCACACAGUUGUAUUCCGUUAAAGCACUUUAUCAAUGACAUGUGCAGCAAACGCAUUAUGUAAGUUGAUCAUGUCACUUGUAAUAAUGCUAUUGCCAUUCCUUAAGCUAAUAAGAAGAGCAAACAACUCACCAGAGGUAAUGUUAAGUGCAUUCGCAGAGAAUAGAAAUUGGCAGCUGUGUCUGGUUUGUUUGGUGUGUCCAAUAAAGCGGCAAACUGUAAACAUACUUAGUGAAUGCAACACCGAUCGACAGCCGCAACUCUCUCCUUAGAUUUUAUGUGGAGAAAAAAAAAGAAAAAAGGGUAUUUACUUCAUAAACAUACCAAAGACAUGAGGCUGUAGAGCAGGGCAGGGGCAAAUAUCUUCAGAAAACUGCUUUAUUUCUAGUGAGGAAUCACGCCUAAAAUUAAAAAAAUAUACUUGUGACGUGACAUUUUAAACAGGACCAAACCAAAAUAUCUUCCAAAACUAUUUCCAAGCACUUAAACAAAAAUGGACAAGAUAAACAAACAUGUACUAUUAAAUCUCUCUCAUAAGUGCUGUUGAAACUUUUAACACUUUUAAAAUCAUUGUUGAAUAUUAAUGUUAAGACAUUUUCUCACCUCCAUCUGUAUUUUCACAUGUACUCUCAUUCAUGGUUCCACGUCUUCAGUCAGACGACAUGGACCACACUGUCCUUGUACUUUAGAUGAGUACGUUCUGGUAUUUUCCUUAAAUUUGUCUACCAGAUCGAUAUUGUAAUGAUAUAUUGUAAAUUAAACAUUUACACGCAGCACCCGAAAUGCUUGAAAAGCGUGAGGUGCGCCGCUUGCACACUGUGGUUGUCCCUGGUGUUACCAAGCAACCACAGUCAAGCAGGACUUCACACAAAGAUGGUUAGCAUACUGUGUAUUGUGCUCAGCAGAUUUCCAUCUGCUAUUGUCCUCUCUGUUAGAUUUAGUAUAAUAUUGACUGGAGAGCUCUGGGUACCCAGCGCGACCUGCUUCUCCUUUAUUUUAGAAAAGUAGUCUGAUGAGUGACUUCACAGCCAGGAUGAUGCGAGUUAUUUGUUGUCAUGUUGCAUCCAGAAAAUGGGAGAUACACUUGUCUCAGUUUGCCAUGGUUGAGCCUAAAAAGUGGGCCAUUUAUUUCUAUUCCCUGAAUAAGAGCUUUCUAAUCAACAUGGUUCGGUGGAUUCACACCAUCAGAGAAUCAGGGACAUUGCCAAAAUGUGCAGUGUUUCCCAGUAUACAGUGUAUAAGCUAGUGCAUUGUCAUGAAUUGCUAUUCACCAGUCCAGACCCAUAGGAGAAGACAACAGGUUUAAAAACUGUUUAGUACCGAUGCCGUUGGCAUCCAAUGCCCGGUCAGUUUCCUAAUGACUGUAUUCUUUUUAAUCAGAAAUACACUGAUUUGAUAUUCCUUGACGUAAAGUAGGUUUUGUUCACUGUUGGUACUGAAAACCAGGUAUCUUAUCGACACUAGUACUGAAAAUGACCUAUAUACCCAAAAUACCCAUCCCAACAUGGGGGUAAGUGAGAGGUUGUCUGGAGUGCCUAUAUGAGAGUUGACUGGUGCAUAUAGGCAUAACACAUUAAGGUAGUUUUAUAAAUACACUCUUGAUUGUUUCAAUACACUUGCAUACAACCUAAGAACAAAACGGCAACAUUAAGAAGUCAUUUGUUUAACCAGAUCAUCAGGUCUAACAUCCCAUGGUCCAUGGCUGAGAAUACAAAUGAGCACUGAAUGGCAAAAACCUGCAUGUGUGCUUUCCUCUUGUCAGCAGACCAAAAGACCCACAACUUUAAUUGUGUUCAGUUAUCUUUAGUUUUUUUUCCAUAUCUGUUCAAUCUGACACACAUAUUACACAGCUCGAGCCAAGCCUAUUUUCCUAGAGUUAAAACAAAAUGUUGUUAAAUUGAUUCCGUUUUCGUUUCCAUUGCUGAUAUGGUACUUCAAAAUGUCCAGAGUUGGCAGGUCUGAUAGGAACUAAAACAAAAAACACCCCAUGAAAAGCAGCAGCAAAGUCUCUGCAAUAAUCUGUGAUCUCAACAGAGGUCACCUGGAGUGCUGAAUUUCAGGUAAUGGAACGUAAUGUUAAGACACCCCCUCCUCUUUCAUUGGCCGGCUGUUUGUUUGUUUGUGGUGAUGUCCUUGUUUCUGUUCAAUCAUUCAGGAUUUUUUCUCUCUUUUUAUCAACAUGCAAGUACAAAUGCUACUAUGGUCUUUAAAGCUAGUUGUGAUGUGUAUUACUUUACUCCACUGUUGCUCAAUCUUGUUCAAAGAUUAUUUUCUUCCUGCGUUGACUGGCAAGCUAAUAGCCCUCAUUUCUUUCUCUGCUGUGACCUUCGCUCCCUCUCCUCUCUUCCCGCUGUCUUCUGCCCUCCGUGAACCUACAGUACUAACAAUUUUUAGACGUCUUGUGGACGCUUGGCUUCAGUGCUGUGUUAUUUUUAUUGCACUCUUGAAGAAAAAAGUUUGAAAAGUCGCUUUUAAUUUUCCUAGAAUGCUUACUAUUAUCUAUGUCUGUACGCCAUUUUUUCUACUGUUUUAGUUGCUUGUCUUCUAUUUUAAUCAUUAGUCAUUUUUAUGUGGCGCCCUCAAACAUUUGCAGCAUAUGCCAGUCUGAGGAAUUUCAUUGCUUCAUAUUGUGAUCUGAAAUUUUAUACAUGUCAUAAUAAUACUUGAUAUGUACCUAUUAAAUAUUUGGAUUCCAGAAAACAAAA